GGCUCCUGAUUGGUGCCUAGGCUGUCCUCCGAGUUGCCUUUAAAGAGCCCAGCCCAGAUGACCUGGCCCUGGAUCCAGUAACGGUGAAGGAGAGGAGACACCGGUCAAUGAGUGAAGAGAGAGUAUGAAGACUGAAGCUUGGCAUAUUGAAUACAACUUUACUCCUCUUACCUUCUUGCUAAGUGUGCUUUGUUGAAACGUGCUCUGUUGCCUAGCUGAACAUUUCUCUUCUCAGGACAAAAUGACUACUGAGUGUCCGGUUGAUAACUAGCUGGGUGCUGUCUCACUAAAGACAGUUUGACUGAACACAGACGGACAGUAGACUUCCUUACAUAGUCUAACUGUAGACUACCUAACAGACAGAGAGUAAACUUCAUGACAUAGUUUAACUGUAGACUACCUAACAGACAGACAGUAAACUUCAUGACAUAGUUUAACUGUCGACUGAAUACCUGACAGACCAUUUUCAGAGAACUGCCACAGUGCUUGUUUGACACAGGAGAUCCUAACAAUACCUUGACCAGAUGAUUCUCAAGAUCUUCCUCACCCUCCUCUUCCUCCAUGGUCUGGUGCUAAAUGCAUCCUCCUCUUCCUCAUCCUCCGAAGAGGAGGAUGGCGGGAGCAGUGAGAAGGACAGCGAGGAGCAUCAUCCUAAAGGUGUCCCUCACGGUGGACACUGGGGCUACGAAGAUCAAGCUGCCUGGUCCUCUGAGUUCUCACACUGCAGUGGAAAAUCCCAGUCUCCCAUUGACAUUGAUACCAGAAGAGCCCUGUAUGACCGCAGCCUGCCACCCAUAACACUGGAGGGCUAUGAUCUGACAGACAGCUCAGCAUUGACACUGUUGAACAACGGCCAUACCUUGCAGCUGGUCCUGCCCAACACCAUGCGCGUCACCAGUGGGUUUGACAACGAGUUUCGGGCCGCCCAACUGCAUUUCCACUGGGGGACCAAAGAGGUGCCAGGAUCUGAACACACCAUAGAUAACGUCCAUUUCCCUGCAGAGAUCCACAUAGUUCAUUACAACUCUAAAUAUGCAAAUCUGUCCGAGGCAGCCAGCAAAUCAGAUGGCCUGGCUGUAUUAGGGGGCUUCAUCGGGAUUGGUCUUCAUGAGAAUGACAACUAUGAAAAGAUCCUGUCUGCGCUCGCUGAUGUCAGCAUCGAAGAGUCUAACACUGAGAUCCCUGCCUUCAAUGUCCGUCAUCUUUUGCCAAACAAGCUGGAGCGCUUCUACAGAUAUAAUGGCUCCCUUACCACUCCUCCCUGCUUCCAAACAGUCAACUGGACAAUGUUCAAUGAUACCAUCACAGUGUCCAGGAGGCAGUUGGCUGCUCUGGAGGACACCCUGAAAGCAGGCCAACACCAGCACCUGACCAAGAACUUCAGAGCACCACAGCUUCUAUAUGGGAGACACGUCCUCGCCUCGUUCGCAGACACUCCCACCAUAGUCGUCGCAGGACAUCCAAGUAUCUCUAUCAACACCUUGUCGGAGACUGAUGCCUCUAACAGUGAAGGGCCAUCAACUGGGCCAGCCGAGGUCCUGGCAAAAGGAGAUAUCUUGGCCAUAGCCUUUGGAGCUCUCUUUGCCGUCACUUUGCUGCUAUUCACGCUCUACGCAUUCCAACAGCGUAAAAAAUACUCGAGUAUCAAAAAGGACUCCAGACAGAACGUUAUCUACAAACCAGCAACUAAAGAAGAGGCAUAGAUGUCACUGGAAAGGAGUCCUAUUCAGAUUCCAUAUUCAAACUAUUUUCAAUAAGAAUUAAAGAGAUUAUCCAGUACUUUUGUAGACCUUUUAGCCAGUAGUUCUGAAAGUAGCUCUCACAAGCCAAAAGUGGUCCCUGAAAAUUGCGUACUAUAUCAGAUUAUGUGCAGAUACUGUAUGCGCAGCCCGUCAUCGCUCUCUGGCUCGCUCUACUGUGGUGCAUGAUGUGCCUCUUGCUAGCUGUCACUAUUAUGGAGGGAAAAUGGACCAGCACAGCUUCCAGAAAAACAGUCGCUUUCAAGCUAGGGAUUUCAUGGCUAAUUACGGUAAGACAGUCAUUCUGAUAAUAGAUUCUGCAUGUAUGAACUACACAUUGACACAUCCAGCCCAAAGUGGGAUGUUUAAAAAAAAGACUUAGUCGUUGCCAAUGUUCCGGAGCCGGUGUCUUUAAAAGAGUUAUGAUAGAGAAUUCAUAUUGCUCAAACCAAGUUUGACAUUUGCUCAGAAUGAUUGUCCUUGUCUUUGUUACUAAUGCAAAGUGGUUUAAGUAUGUAAUAUGUGUCAGUGGAGGCUGCUGGGUUGGAGGAGGACAGCUCAUAAUAAUACCUGGAAUGGAGCAAAUGGAAUGGCAUCAAACACAUGGAAACCAUGGAAACCAUGUGUUUGAUGUUGUUGAUCAUUUCCCACCUAUUCUGCUCCAGCCUUUACUAUAUGCCUGUCCUCCUAAAUGAAUGUGCCACCAACCUCCUGUGAUGUGUGUAUAUGGUACGUGUAGAAGAAUAGCUGUAGUUACCACCCGAGUAGGAAUGUAUACAAUCUGUUCUAUUUAAUUGUGAUGGCAAAAUUAUAAGAUGUUCAUGAAUACAAUCCACCUGUCGAUGUUCAAACUUCAAUACAAUUGACUUACUGUCGAAGAAAGUCAAAUCACUUUUUCCCAGGGUGUUCACUUCGUUACAAGUACUAGAGCUGCAGAUGAAAGUGUUAUGCUGUAUCGUGUGUGUUGGAUAUCAUGCAGGAAGUGUUUUAUAUGAGUGUUGUAUUGUUAUUACUGUAUAUCCUCUAAUAUAUUCACACUUGUCACUAAUACCGUUAAGUUGUUUUGUAGUUUACCUCUCAACCUCUCCACAAUGGUGUAUACUGAUGUGCAAUUGG